AUGUCGUUUGUAAAGGAUCUACAACGUGCGCACAAGGAAAGAGCGCAGCCUCGCGCGAGGCAAAGGUAUGGCCUGCUCGAAAAGAAGAAGGAUUACAAGCUCCGCGCUCGCGACUACAAGAAGAAGCAGGCCGUCCUCAAGAACCUGCGCGUGAAGGCGGCCAACAGGAAUCCAGAUGAGUUCUAUUUCAAGAUGAUCAAAUCAAAGACGGUGGGAGGGGUACACACGAGGACAAGACGCGGCAAGCGGCGCACUCAAACGCAAAUGGUGAACAUGAAAACGCAAGAUAUGAUGUACUACGUUGCGGCUCGCCAAACCGAGAAAAAGGCUCUCACCUUCCGGCCCGAGAACUACUUCAACACGCUGCCCGAGCUCGUUGAUCGCCGCUUCAAUCGCCCCACCCUUGAGCAGUUGCAAUCCGAGGAGUUGUUCACCACGCCCGUGGUUGCGGGACAAACGGCGGCCAUCGCCAGCUCGCGAAAGCGCCAAUACAGCGAGCUGAAGCAGAGGAUGCAGAGGGAAAAGUCGCUGGCCCAGGUCGUGGAGAAGGUGUCGUCCAAAAGACAGGUGAUGAUGAGCAAGGGCGCCGGUGUGAAGAAGAUGAAGGUCGAGGACAGCAAGGGCAACGUCAAGACCCUCUUCAAGUGGAAGAAGGUGCGCAGCAAGUAA